ACACAGCCCAGCUGAUAGGACACACUAUGAUAAGCUCUUCCAGGCUUGUAACUAAUGCCUUCCCUUUAUAAUUUCAUAUUUAACAAAUAUCCAGAAGCGUGAUAUGUGUUAUCGGUCGAAAGCUGGACACCCUCUCCACGAUCGUGACCCUUGAGCAACGACUUCACAUCCAGUCCUAUCACUGACAUGGCAACCAAGGAUUCUGGGAGCGUUCCCAAAGCAGCAUUGCAUCACUUGUCAAAGGUCUGAUAUCCCAGUGGAGGCGCAGCGGGCUGUGUGCCGGCAGAGAGGAACAGGGCGGAGCGGCUAUUUUUACCUGAGGCCCAGGAGUGAGCUCCACACAGAAGACACCAGUCACAACAAAUAGCGUUGAAUCAUUUGAUGCCCCACUGGACGCAAUGUACGGACAGAAGAAGCUGUCAAGGCUCUGCAGCUGUCCCGAGUCCAUCUCAGCCCAUCACCCGGGGUUUGAUCAGCCCAGGACCUGAUCUGAGGCACAGCCCAAGGCACGAGGCAGGGCCAGUCUUCAUCACAGCCCCUCUCACAGCCCACUCAUCCAUAGGGCCCAUCCAUCACCAUCAUGCAGAGAGAAGAAAGAGGGAGGGGAGAAGACAUAUGAGCGGAGAAGAAAGGAAAAGAGAUGCACAACAUCCACAAAGCCAAGAAAUGUCUACUGCCACACUGACGGUCAGAAUGUGCACAGAAACACUGGUUAAGGAUAAAGUUCUGACAUCUACAGCAGAGAGCCGCAGAGUUGACCUCCGUUGUCCUACUGACGGCCAACUGAAGCUGGAGGAGAAAGAAGAGAGGAGAAGGGAAAAGAAGAGGGAGAGAGAACCGGAGUCUCUGAUCAAAGACGCCUCUGACUGCAAACAAGUUCAGCAGAUGACACAGGGUGCCAAAUGUUUCCUCCACAUCAGAUGGCUUCUCCUGCGAUCCAUAUUGCAUUCUAGGCCAAACCUCCCAAACACCAUCACAAGUAUUUCCCCUGAGGGCCCUCCCUCUCCAUUCAUAGUCGAGAAACAUCCCCCGGCCGAGGGCGCACCGCAUGAAGUUAAACGAUUUUGAAGAAUUCCAAUCAUAACAUCGGAGUUUUGUGCAACAGCAAUCCAAGAAACAAGACAGAAGAAUGGGCAGGAACGGGACGGGGGAAAAAAAAAAAAACACAGGAUAUGAUGGAGGGAAUCGAGGAGAAGAUACAAAUAACGGCACAAAGGCGGAGCUGCUGUUGGAUUCCUCAUAAGAAUUAUUCAAGGAGAAAUGGCACCUGGCCUGGGGGAAAUCAGCGCUGCCCUCAGCCGGAUUACUCCUGGCACAAUCCGGACACAGUCUUGUUUGAUGUCCCCCACCCAUCCGUCUUAAAGAUGAUCCCUCCCAAAAGAGCAAAUCCACGUUGUUUUGGAGGACGAGCAACAGCUUGACCAAUCAGAGUGAGUGCAGCGCUGGGACUUUCUGGCCGCCGUGACACUGUCCACCCAUAAAGGCACCUGGAGAAGGAAAGAAUUUUGAACAACAAUAAGAUUCAGGAACUCAGGAAUGGAUCCUUCUUUGGAUUGUCUACUUUGGAAAAAUUGGACCUGCGGAGUAACAUGAUCAGUCAUAUUGAACCAGGCGCUUUCCUCGGAUUGCCAGCACUCAGAAAACUAGACUUGUCCAAUAACAGCAUCGGCUGUCUUAAUGUAGACAUCUUCAAGGGCCUCACCAGUCUGAUCAGACUAAACCUUUCAGGAAACACGUUCUCUUCAUUGGCUCAGGGGACCUUUGACAGCUUGUUGUCUCUGAAGUUCUUGGAUUUUCAGACACCUAACUUGCUGUGUGACUGCAACCUUCAGUGGCUGCGGCGUUGGCUCAGCGAGAGGAACCCUGCGGGCAAGAACACCAAGUGCUCCUACCCCCAGUCUCUCCAGGGCCAGUCCAUUACCUCCAUCAGCCCAGAGCUCUUCACCUGUGAUGCUCCACUCGAGCUGCCCUCCUUCCAGCUGACUCCAUCCCAGCAACAGGUCGUCUUUCAGGGGGACAGCUUGCCAUUCCAGUGUCAGGCCUCCUUCGUGGCCGAGGACAUGCAGGUGCUGUGGUACCAAGACGGCCGCAUGGUGAAGCCUGACGCCGCCCAAGGCAUCGUCAUUGAAAGACGCAUGGUGCAGGACUGCUCUCUCAUUGCCAGCGCGUUGACCAUCUCAAACAUUCAGCCUGGUUUUACUGGGGACUGGGAGUGCCGGGUCAGAACUAGCAGGGGCAACACAACCAGGACUGUCCACAUCGUGGUCUUGGAGACUUCUGCCAAGUAUUGUGUCCCUGAACGCGUCACGAACAACAAGGGAGAGUUCAAGUGGCCGCGCACCGUGGCAGGGAUCAGAGCGCACCUCCCCUGCAACAGACUGCCCUCCAGCGCAGGUACAUACUCGGGCAGCUCCGGCGAGGAGCAGCGGGCGUGGCGCUACUGCAAUCGCAAAGGGGUGUGGACGGAUGACGACUACUCGCGCUGCCAGUUCCAGAAAGAUGUCACGCGGUUUCUAUACGUCAUCAACCAGAUGCCUUUGAAUGAGACCAGCGUGGUAGCCAGGGCUCAGCGCCUGUUGUCCUGCACCAACGACGCUGCCAACUUCUCAGACAAGAUGGACAUCAUCUUUGUAGCUGAGAUGAUUGAAAAGAUUGGCAAAUUUGUCGAGAGAUUUAAUUUGGGUGAGGUGAUGGUAAGCAUGGCCAGUAACUUGAUGCUGGCAGAUGAGAGGGUGCUCUGGAUGGCUCAGCGCGAAGCCAUGGCCUGUUCGCGCAUCAUCGCCUGCCUUCAGAAGAUUUCUGGCUACCGUCUGGCCACAGCACAGCCCUUCUCCCUGACAUCCCCCAACAUAGCACUGGAGAUUCACACUGUCAGGGCCAGCGACUGGAACGGCAUGACCUGCAGGUUGUUCCAGAGGCUCAGUCCCGACCGCACACCUGGACAGGACCGCCAACUCACCUUCAAAUGCAACACAACCAACUCCUCUUCCAGCAUCUCUUACAAGAACAUCAUUGCUUCCCUGGAGUUUCCUCAGUCACUCUUUACCCAGGCUGCACUCCCCGGGCAGGCAGACGACGCAGUCUACAAGCUCCAUCUACUGGGCUUCCGCAACGGCAAGUUUUUUCCCUCCACCGGCAACUCGUCCCAACUGGCUGAUGGUGGAAAGAGGAGGAGUGUGGCCACCCCUGUCAUCAUGGCCAAGAUAGAUGGCAUGUCCCGGCACAUCCUCAGGACGCCGGUGAACAUCACCCUGUGGCAGUUUGCCCGCGGCUCAGACCCGGUGUCCGCCUCCUGGAACUUCAGCCUGGUUGGAGGCCAUGGAGGAUGGCAGAGCGAUGGCUGCCGCAUCAUGAACCAUAAUGACAGCGUCACCACCAUAUCCUGCAACUCUCUGGGCAACUAUGGCCUGCUGAUGGACCUCAGCAGUGUGGAGUAUUUCACUCCCAGCAUUCAGCCCCUGCACCCAGUCAUCUACGCCACCAUCAUCAUUCUGCUACUCUGCCUGCUCACAAUCAUCAUCAGCUAUAUUUACCACCACAGGUCUGUCCGUGUGAGUCGCAAAUCCUGGCACAUGUUGGUCAACCUCUGCUUCCACAUCUCCCUCACCUGCGGGGUCUUUGUAGGUGGCAUAAAUCAGACGCGCUAUGCCAGCGUUUGCCAGGCGGUGGGCAUCUUGCUGCACUACUCAACUCUGGCUACAGCUCUGUGGGUGGGUGUGACUGCACGCAACAUUUACAAACAGGUGACGCGCAAAGCCAAGCGCUAUGAAGAGCUGGACGAACCUCCGCCACCACCGCGACCCAUGCUGAGGUUCUACUUAAUCGGCGGAGGGAUACCCAUCAUUGUCUGCGGCAUCACUGCAGCAGCCAACAUCAGAAACUACGGCAGCCGGACCAAUGCACCAUAUUGCUGGAUGGCAUGGGAGCCCAGUAUUGGUGCAUUUUAUGGCCCAGUGGGAUUCAUCAUCUUCGUGGACUGCAUGUACUUCCUCAGCAUUCUACUCCAGUUGCGGCGCCACCCUGAGCGCCGUUACGAGUUCAAGGAGCCCACCGAAGAGCAGCAGCAUCUCUCUUCAGCCCACAUUGAGGCCAGGGCUGAUGGUCCCAGCAGCCAGUGCCACCCCCUCACACUGCAGCUCCAGCCUCACGAGGCAUCCUCCUCCAUGCUGUCUGCUCCCCACGCUGUGCCCCUGUCGGCCCUGGAGAAUGAGCACACCUUUGCAGCUCAGCUGAUGGGUGCAGCAGGGGCACUGGGGCUAUAUGCGGCCCUCUGGGUGUUCGGGGCCAUGGCUGUGUCACAGGACCACCCCUUCGACUUAGCUUUCACUUGCCUGUUUGGGGUGGCCGCACUGGCAUUGGGGGCGUUCAUGGUGGCACAUCACUGUGUCAACAGGCAGGAUAUGAGACGCUAUUGGUCCCAGGCUUGUUGCUCUGGGAGACGAGCCUACUCUGCACAGGAGGAUGUCCUUCUGCCUCAGCCGGGCGUGGCAAUGACAUCCACAGCAGGAUCUGCUGACAAAGCAGACGGAGAGUCAACAAAGUGUGGCCACAGCAGUGCAGACUCUUCCUACACAAAUAAGAGCGGGCCAAGCAUGCGCAACUCCACCCACGGCAGCAAGCUGACCAAUCUGCACGCAGAGGCAGCUCAAUGCAAGCCUGCGUCAGCACCGGCGACAGCCAACGGUGCAGCCAUUUUGGACAACAGCCUGACUGAACACUCAGUAGACAAUGAAAUUAAAAUGCACGUGGCACCGGUUGAGGUCCAGUUCCGCCCGAUGAACAACAUCAACAAUCCAACAGCUGCCCCCAACGGACACGCAAGCAGGCAUCACAAAAACAGAGCGCGAGCGCACAGGGCGAGUCGGCUGACAGUGUUGCGAGAGUACGCCUACGACGUCCCCACCAGCGUGGACGGCAGCGUGCAGAGUGCACCCCACAGGCGGCACCACCACUAUGAUGUAGCGGCACGCAACAGCAGGCGGGCGGCUUACAUGGCCUACAGAGAGCGCCAUCAGAGCCAGUUACAGCAGGACAGCAGCGACAGCGCAAGCUUGCCGCGCCGCUCCCGCUACGCAGAUAAAGGAGGUGGCAGCAGCGUUGGGAACGGAUCAGUGGUGACUGUAGAAACUGAACGGGUCACUGCUGCUGCCACGCUGAGCUCGGGUAAUGACUCUGGUCCUGUUAAGCAGCCCAGCACCACAGAACUAGAGAGCCAACCCAAGUCAUAUGGGCUCAACCUGGUUACUCAGAAUGGUGGCACACUUAAAGAAAAUGGACAAACAAUGCCUUUAAUCAGCCCAGAGAGUGCAGCCAGUGUAAAGACCGGCUUGUGGAAACAUGAAACUACUGUGUAG